AUGGCUAUGUUCAGAAAAUCACCACGACUGAAGUUCUAUCUGAAGGAAAUUCUAUUAGGAAGCACAGUAGAGAAAGUUCAGCUUCCUGGAUCAAGUUUACAAGCUACUGCCCAAUCCUUAAAUGUACAGUCUAAAUCUAAUGAAGAAUCUGGGGACACUCAGCAGCCAAGCCAGCCUUCACAGCAGCCUUCAGUUCAGGCGGCCAUACCGCAAACGCAGCUUAUGUUGGCUGGAGGGCAGAUAACUGGGCUUACGUUAACACCAGCCCAGCAGCAAUUAUUGUUACAACAGGCACAGGCACAGUUGCUGGCAGCUGCAGUGCAGCAUUCAGCCAGUCAGCAGCACAAUGCUGCAGGGGCCACCAUCUCAGCUUCUGCUGCAACACCCAUGACACAGAUUCCUCUAUCUCAGCCGAUACAAAUUGCACAGCAUCUACAGCAGCUCCAGCAACAAAAUCUCAAUCUGCAACAGUUUGUCUUGGUGCAUCCAACAACCAACUUGCAACCAGCACAGUUCAUCAUCUCACAAACACCGCAGGGGCAGCAGGGUCUCCUGCAAGCGCAGAAUCUCUUAACGCAACUACCUCAGCAAAGCCAAGCCAACCUCCUGCAGUCUCAGCCAAGCAUCACUUUCACCUCUCAGCCAGCAACCCCAACACGCACAAUAGCAGCGACCCCUAUUCAGCCACUUCCACAGAGCCAGACAACACCAAAGCGAAUUGAUACACCCAGCUUGGAAGAGCCCAGUGAUCUUGAGGAGCUUGAGCAAUUUGCCAAGACUUUUAAACAAAGACGGAUCAAACUUGGAUUCACUCAGGGUGAUGUUGGGCUCGCUAUGGGUAAACUAUAUGGAAAUGAUUUCAGUCAAACUACUAUUUCUCGCUUUGAAGCCUUGAACCUCAGCUUUAAGAACAUGUGCAAGUUAAAACCACUUCUGGAAAAGUGGCUCAAUGAUGCAGAAAACCUCUCAUCUGAUUCAGCUCUUUCCAGCCCAAGUGCCCUGAAUUCUCCAGGGCUGGGGAUUGAAGGCUUGAACCGUAGGAGGAAGAAACGCACCAGCAUAGAGACCAACAUACGUGUGGCCUUAGAGAAGAGUUUCCUGGAGAACCAAAAGCCUACCUCGGAAGAGAUAACCAUGAUAGCUGACCAGCUGAAAAUGGAAAAAGAGGUGAUCCGUGUUUGGUUCUGUAAUCGGCGCCAGAAGGAAAAAAGAAUUAACCCACCUAGUAGUGGUGGAACCAGCAACUCGCCCAUCAAAGCAAUGUUCCCUUGUCCAACUUCAUUGGUGGCAACUACACCAAGCCUUGUGACAAGCAGUGCAGCUACCACUUUGACUGUCAAUCCUGGGCUCCCUUUAACCAGCGCAACUGUAACUAGUUUGGCAGUCACAGGUAAGAGGUCAUUUGGACUGCAACUCCAUAUAAAUGCUUUCUCUUUUAAAGAUAAAAUUAUCAUCAUCAUGUCUACAGAGGUAAUCCUGAGUGGUCACUUAACGCUCGUUCAAAGUUAUGUGAUCAGCGCCCCCUAG